AUGGUGCACCCAUUACCUUUCCAAGCGGUCGUACUUGGGUAUUGUUCCCGAUGGAAGGCUCAAAUUUACAACAUGAAGGAUAGCCGACAAAUUCGAACACAUAUUGGACAAGCCACGCGAAGCAUAGAGAUGAUCAGAAAAGGGUUGAUGGACAUUGAUGGAGACAAUCUCGCCAUGGCAUUGACAGGAUUGUCGCUGCAAGAAGAAAGAUUUGGUAGCCAACAAAAGGCCCAAGAAUAUGCGGACCAGGCUGUCCAGAUUCUUCGAUCCCAGGCCGGGUCUCGCAAUGGUGUCCACGUAUUCUUGCAUUAUGUGCUAUAUGUUGCGAUGUCUUCCCACUCAACCGUCGACAAAGUCGGUCAACGGUGGCUGCUCACGUUUCUUCGCGGGGCCGAGGAAAUGAUGCAUAAACACAAAUCAGAUGCAUACCUGUCGUCUGUUCCCUCGCGACGGGAGGCGUUUCAGAUGGAUAGCCCACUCUUCCCUUUACUUUCCAGCGGGCCACGCCCAUCACAAGUGCCGCAGACUUCGCGCCUAUAUGUGGUGCGGGAUGCACCGAGCCAGGAGGUCUGCCGUACUGCGGCACUCAUCUAUAUCACGGCAGCUUUAUGGGAUUUCCAAGACUCGCCGAGCAAAACGAGUCGUUUUAUCAGCCACAUCAGCACGGUUGUGAAGCAGCACCAGCUUGAUCGUUAUCCUGCAUGUGAGACUUUGGUGUGGCUCUUACUGGAAGAAGGAUACGAAUCAGAUAUGAGGGAUCCCGAACGAGCAUGGUCUACCGGCGAGCUAUUGAAGACCCACAAACAACUUCGGCCGGACCUACAAUUCCAAUUCAAUGAAAUACUACUGAGCUUGUUGAUGCUCACGCCGCCUGUCCGCGGUAUUGAUGCUUUUGAAGAGGAGCUCAACGCCGCUGCACCUGAAAGUUUGGAGCAGCUUUGA